UAGAUGUCUGCGAUUGGGUCAUAAACCGGUCUGUCUUUAUUUUGGGUGGAGGAGGUAAGCAGGACUGAAUGUUGUCAGCUCCCGCUUCAUGUUUCAUCUUUGUUUGACAAAAGUUUGUUUUUGAAAGCGUCACAGCUUUGUUGGCAAGGACUGGGAGUUUUUUUUUUCAAAGCAUUACUUAUGCAUAUUUAGAUUUUAUUUUAUAUUUCUAAGUUUUACAAAGCGGCAAUGAAGUACUUAAGGAUUUUACUAUUCGCAAUUCUGACAAUCGUAGCGCAAGGACAAGAUGGUUUUGAUCUUUCAGAUGCUUUAGGUGGUUCAGAUCCAGUUACUGCAAAACCUAAACCAAAACCACCAAAGGACACUGGUACUGGUGACUUUAACCUUGGAGAUGUUUUUGAUAUGCCAGGUCCCACUAAGCCUCCAGUGACUCCUAAACCAAAGAAACCUUCUGGAGAUGAAUUCGAUCUCGGUGAUGCUUUAGGAGGUCCAGAUCCCCAUCCUACCAAGCAACCAGCAGUUCCCCCAAAGAACCCUGGAAAGGGUGGAUCUUUUGAUAAUGAUGAUCUAGGCUAUGUUGCCGGAGAAGGAGAUUAUAAUCCUGAUAAAGGCAAGAGUGGAGGCAGGAGUGGAGGGAGAGCUGAGGGUGACACUCAAGGAGGAUCUGAUCAACCUCAAGCAGAAGGAUCUGGUAAAAUCGCUGGUAUUGUGAGUGCUGUGGGAGUGGCGUUGCUUGGGGCUGCAUCGAGCUACUUUGCUUACCAAAAGAAGAAGCUGUGCUUCAAAAUCUCAGGUGGUGAUCCAGAAAGUGGAAACAAGACCCAGUCUGGGACCCAAUCAGAACCUCAAAUUCUCAGCAACCUGCUAAGGUCAUCAUAAUGCCUUCAGCCAAGUCUCUACUUUGAGGAUCAGCGUAUCCCAACACCAUUUUCCUCGCUUCUACAAAAGUAUGUCUGUGUUUAUAACUCGAGUAGGAUAAACACUUACGUUUCAGCUAUUGAUGAUGAAACUUAUUUGAAACAGUAAAGUGGGUUUAUAAAUAUUAUUUUGUAAAAGGCUUCACGUUCACAUUUUGCUGACUCAUAUUCUGCUUUACUUGUUCUGUAGACAACUAGAAAAAUGCACUAUCCUCUCCACUGAACAAAACCUUUUUACAUACUGUGUGGUAAAGUACAUUUGGAAUGAAAUAGAAGUAAUUUUAAGGCUUUUAGAGUUUGAUGUUGUACACGAUAAUAUUACCCUCCCAAGUUAUUUCCAUAGAAAAUUUCCUAUGGGAAUACACAAACCAGGUCUGGUUAUAGAACAGUCUCAUUUUCAGAUGUAGUCAUUAUUGUUUUUAGGACAAAACAAUAACCCUUUAUUUGUAUGAAUUAAAGUAUUAAAGACAUUCUUACUGCCUUUGUCUUGCAAUCUAAUUUUAGAUUAAAAAUGGGUGACAUAUCUAUAAUUUAUUAUGAAUCUCAUUUGUUUGGUUGCGAGCAAAUGCUUUCAUUAUUUCCAGUGCUGCUUAUGAAAUAGUUCUGAAGCAUUUGUCUCAGCGAGGUAUUAGUUUAGCAGGUUAUAAAACAGUAGAACCCUGUAUAGGUAGAUUCAUUUGAAUGUGUCUUCAUAGGCCACCGAGUAAACCUAAUUCAAAACAGCCUUUUCUAUACUUGGUGAUCUUGAAUACAGUGUACUUGAGUCCUAAAACAUGUUUGUGAUCCACACGCCUGUUUGAAGGGCCCUUUUUGUAUUAUAUAGCAUGGUGCAUUAUGUCAUACAUUACAAAAUUCCUUUGGUUUCGGAGCUGAUCUGUUUUCACCUUGUGAAAGUUAAGGAGCUGGCGGUAUGACCAGUCUGCACAAGGAGAAAUAGUAAGUGUAUGUGAUUAUAUAUAACAGCUAGAAAAAAGUCUGGAAGAAUUAACUGCAGGACUCACACAGCUUACUCUCUGACCAAGAGCACACAGUAUUAAAAUGCUAAAAGAGCAACAUCGUAUUCUUGAAACAUCAAGAACCUGUACACUAACCCCUUCAGUUCAAGUUCCCAGACUCCAUGGCACAUGACUGGAGAACAGGAGGUCUCAAAUCUAGUCAUCUUCAGGGGAAAUAAAACUUUUAUUUUAUAGCCUGUUCAUCAUUCGAUUUUUAGUUGUGAUGCUUGUCUUAAACCAUUGUUUUCUUGUUUUGAAUAUUGACAGCAUGUAGAAUUUGAUACAGUACAUGUGCACUUUAAUCACAAUCACCAAAAACUUUAAAAUCCAACAGGAAUAAAACAUAAGUAAAAAGUGUUUGGUUGAUUUCUAUCCCUGUAACAUCUUUGAAGGGUUUGUUAAAAGGGAAAGUGAUUUUUAAAAUUUAUUGGAAUAGUUUGUACUCUUUAUGAAUCCACUAAUCCUUCUUGUGUUUCUGCAUUGUUUGGAGUGUUUUUGAGUGCGUGUGUGUACCUUUCUUAUUUAAAGACGAUGUACUUGUAUUCCUGAAUGGUAAAUGUAAAAUGAAGUUCAAUGAGUAAACUUCAUAUGGAUGAAAUUCACAAACUGAACACAAAGGAGAUGGUUUAAUUUGGAAGAUAUUUUUAACACAGAGAGAAACCAUGAGCUUUAUUGUGUGUUAGAAUGAAAGCUGCCACCUAGGACUUAAAAUAGAACUGGAAUUGUUCACACAGCAUUUAUUUUAAAAACUACUUUUUAUUAAUAGUUAUCUGCGGACAGAAAAUUUCCUUUUUUGUAGCCUUAUUUUUUUUUCACAUGGAGUUUUGCCAGCAAAGAAAAAUAGGGAUUCACAUCAUAUAUUAUUGAAGAGGCUAAUAAAAAUGUAAGAAUGAGAUUUUGCAAAUUAAACACAAGAUAUCAUAAAGAAGUUUACCUUUGGGAAGAACUGACAUUUGCACACUGUUCUGAAAAGACUAUAAGGUUUUAUUUUCUCCUCUGCCCAAAUACUUUACUUUCUUAAUUUGCUGCUUUCCCAAAUUACCUAAAUACAUUUGAAGCAAUCCCAACUUUUUUUAACUGUUACACAAAGCAGUUUCACACCAAUCUUCCCAAAGUAGACUGCAAAAAUGUAUAAACAUAAUACUCUGAAGUGAUCUAGUAUUAAAAUUAUUUUGGUUAACAUUGACAUUUAAAACAAUUAGUUAUUCUGCUCUCUCAAAAAAGUUGACUUUAAUUCUCUCUGUAUUACAUUUGUUGCAGGUGUCUAUAAAAGUGAUUGUAUUGUUCUUGUGUAUCAUUUAACGUGGUCUAAACUGAAUAAAAUGUGCCUUUUUUAAUUGUG